AUGGCUAGGGCUAUCGUUUUGAUAGCAUCUCUUUUAAUUAUAGGAAAUGUUUUAUUUACCCAUGCCGCAUUUUCCCCCACCCUCAUUGUUGAUUUGGCAAAGAUCAUCAUGGACAAUUACUGCUCGCCAGAGAAGCUGACAGGGAUGAAGGAGGCAAUCGACGCAGCCAAAGGCAACACGGAGGUUCUCAACAUCCCAGAUGCCGAAACCUUGGCAAAUGUCCUCAGCUCUGGAGUCCAGACCACAGUCAGUGACCCACGUCUGAAGGUCUCCUACGAGCAAAACUAUGUCCCUGCCGUUCCCAUGAAGAUGCCUCCCUUGCCUCCAGAUCAGCUCAUUGCCGUCCUCCAGACAUCCAUCAAGCUCGACAUCCUGGAGGGCAACACUGGCUACUUGAGGAUUGACCACAUCCUUGGGGAGGAGGUCGCUGAAAAAAUUGGCCCUUUGCUCCUUGAUCUGGUCUGGAAUAAAAUCCUGCCAACUUCAUCUCUCAUCUUCGACUUACGCUACACUGGCAGCGGAGACGUCUCUGGAAUCCCCUACAUUGUGUCUUACUUCACCAAAGCCGAGCCUGUGAUCCACAUUGACAGUGUAUAUGACCGUCCGUCAAACACCACCACAAAGCUGUUCACUAUGUCCACACUGUUGGGGGACAGAUACGGUGUCACCAAACCCCUCAUUGUCCUCACCAGCAAAAACACCAAGGGUGUUGCCGAGGAUGUAGCCUACUGCCUCAAGAGCCUGAAGAGGGCCACCAUUGUAGGCGAGAAGACCUCAGGAGGCUCUGUGAAAGUCGAUAAAAUCAAAGUGGGUGACACUGACUUCUACGUUACCGUGCCAUCAGCAAAGUCCAUCAAUCCCAUCACUGGCUCCACUUGGGAGGUUGUAGGUGUGACCCCUGAUGUGGAGGUCAACGCUGAAGACGCCCUCGCUACCGCAAUCAAAAUCGUCAACCUCCGAGGUCGGGUUCCAGCCAUCAUUGAGGGAUCAGCAUCCCUGAUUGCUGCCAACUAUGCCUUCGAGGCUAUUGGAGAUAGUGUUGCAGAAAAGUUAAAAGGGUUCCUGGCAGACGAAGAGUACGGCAUGGUUGUUUCCAAGGACGGUCUGGAGACCAAGCUGUCUGCUGACCUCAAGACCCUUUCUGGGGACAAGAGCCUGAAGACCACCAGCAAUACUCCACCUCUUCCACCCAUGGAUUAUUCACCAGAGAUGUUCAUUGAGCUGAUCAAAGUGUCCUUCCAAACCGACAUAUUUGAGAACAACAUCGGCUACCUGCGUUUUGAUAUGUUUGGAGACUUUGAGGAGGUCAAAGCUAUCGCCCAAAUUAUCGUUGAGCAUGUGUGGAACAAAGUCGUCAACACAAAUGCCAUGAUCAUCGACCUGAGGAACAACCUUGGUGGCCCAACAACAGCAAUAUCUGGUUUCUGCUCUUACUUCUUUGAUGCCGACAAGACGAUUGUGCUGGACAAGCUGUACGACAGAACUACUGGCAAUACCACAGAGCUCCUCUCCUUGUCUGAUCUCACUGGCACAAGGUACGGCUCAAAGAAGAGCCUGAUCAUCCUGACCAGUGGAGCGACUGCCAACGCCGCUGAGGAGUUUGUUUUCAUCAUGAAGAGGCUGGGGCGUGCUAUGAUUGUUGGAGAGACCACCGCCGGUGGCUCCCACCCACCAAAUACCUUCCCUGUUGGUGAGACUGGCAUCUUCCUCAGCAUCCCCACAAUCCACUCUGACACUACCGCCGGGCCAGCAUGGGAGGGAGCUGGCAUCGCACCUCACAUACCAGUCUCAGCUGACGCUGCCCUUGAGGUCGCCAAGGGCAUCUUCAACAAGCACUUUGCAGAGCAGAAGUAAACCAGGCCCUGAAAUGGGGUUUCAACAGUCACUUUUGCUUUGGCAGCCAAAUGGGUACGAGAUUUAGACUCUAGAUUUGUCUAAGAAGUAAAGAAUGUAGACUAAUUACAAUGAAUGUGUAAUUUUCCCAUAAGCCUUGUUAGCCUGUUUGAAAAGUAGCACAAAGGUUGAACAGUAUUUACUGACAGUUUUUAUGCAAUAGGAAGACCACUUUCCAAAAUGUCAUUUCUGAGAAUUCGUGCAAAAGAGAAGAAGUUCAGUAAACAGUUAAAAUUGCUUUAAAACAAGCUUGCCAGAUAUUAGGAAAUUCAGAACUCUUAAGAAGCCAACUUGAUACUCUGGUGAGAAAAGCGUCAUGUGAUGUCCUCACUGCAUAUGCUGCAAAUGCUGUACAUCUAUAAAGCAGUAAAGAU